AUGUCCGAGUCCAAAUUCCAACCCAUCCCACCCCAAGAAGAAGGCCACUUCAACGCAGCACCAAGUCUAAACCCACCCCCAACGCCAGCAACAAAAGACUAUAAACUUAACCACCUAGCCCUACGCAUCCAAGACCCAGCCCGCUCACUGCACUUCUAUAUUGACCUGCUGGGGAUGCGAGUAGUAUUCACUAUGAAUGCCGGGCCCUUCACAAUCUAUUAUUUAGGUCACCCGCCAGCAGAUGCAAAGACCUCAGAGGAUAUAAGUGCAUGGGCGAAGAGCACGAGUGAAAUCCCCGUCAUGACGAAGACCAGUGGACUUUUGGAGUUGUAUCAUGUGCAUGGUACGGAGAGUGCAGGUGAUGGGUCUGUUUCUACGGGGAAUACGCCACCGCAUCUUGGAUUCGCGCAUCUGGGGUUUACUGUUCCUGAUGUGGCGGCUGCUGUGCAGAGGUUGCGGGAUGGUGGGGUUAAGAUUCUCAAGGAUGUGGGUGUAUGUUCGAGGGAGACUGUGCCACUUUCAGAGUGGGAGGAGGAAAGGGGGAUUGGACGUGGUGAAAUUCAUGAGAAUUAUGCGUGGUUUUUUGAGAAGUUUGCUAUGGUUUCCGAUCCGGAUGGGUAUAUGGUCGAGUUGAUUCCUCAGAGUGUGUGA